AUGUUGGUCUUCAUGGAGAUGGAGAGGAAGGUGGAAUUAGUAGAAAGUUGGGAAAUUGUGAGGGUUAAGGAACCGGGUGAUGAUUAUGACGAUGAAGGUUUGGAGGACCUCAUUGAUAGGAUUGCUGAUCAAGGAGUUGGUUCAUCUUCUGACAAGGGUAAAAGAAGAGAUGAGAAGGAAGCUGGUGAUGUUUCAUCUUCUACCCUGGAUUGCAUGCUGUUCCUGUCAACAACCAUGUAUGAUCAGAAGUUUAAGGAAUGGGAAGAAAACAAGAAAAAGCUUAUUACAAAAGAUGAUGAUUUAUUCUACAAGAAAUGUAAGGAAGCUAUUUCUUCAUGGGUGAAAUCAUUUCCACGGAAUGAUAUUCGAGAAGCUGAACUGAUUUUUGUUCCUGUUCACAAGGAUGAUCAUUAUACUGUCUUGGUGCUGAACAAGAAAGCAAAAAGGAUUGAAAAUAUUGACAAUCGUACAGACAUGAAGGACAUUGAUAGAUAUAAGCAUGAGGAAUUUAACGGUCUUACAUACUUUUGUCGUGCUUUUGAUUCUUUUAUGCAAGAGACUAUGAGAUGUCGUGAUUUUGAUCGUCUCCACCAUUGGCAAACAUCAACUCUUUACUUCCCUUGGAGAAGCAAGGACAACAAUUUUGAUUGUGGUGUCUAUGCAAUCAAACCAUGGAGCUGUUAUGACGGUCAAAUACUAACCAUGCUGCACUUGUUGACCUGA